AUGACUACAAUUUCAGAGUACGACAAAUCACCCUCUUACGAAAAGCAACUGAACGAGGCUCUUAAUGUGGGCGACCACCAUAAGACCCGGGCGUCUAUUAUUGACAUAAGAUCUCAAGAAACCCCCAAAUUCCUUCACCAGUUUACCACGGCCGACAAAUUGAGACAGAUGAUAGAGCAACCUGUCUCUCAGCCACGAUAUCUUGCUAUUAUCGUCGAAAAUAUUUCACGAGAUUUCGUAAACAUUCUGCAGGAAAGGUUCAACGUGCCGGUUGAAUUUUUUGUGGAGCAUGCGCGCGACUGCGUUGGCCAAACUCUCAAGGUACCACAGUGCCCCGUCUCAGCACUCGGUAAUACGCAGCUGUUCUCCAUCCAAGGGGCAACCUACUGCGAUAAUGCAACUAUAAAAGUUCUAUAUAAUUGCCAGGAGUCAAUACAGAGUUUCGUCUCACGGGGACGGAAGCAUUAUUUUCGCCGCAAUACUCGUCUCAGUUGGGACCGUCGAAGUUUCCAGCUCAAUAUCCGGACAACCGUCUAUACUACACGCUCCAAAGAGGGUGGUAUUGUUGCGAUCUACUUGGUGGAUCCUAACCUAGGACCUCUGCAAGCUGUCGGGCAGCCUCAUGUCUCCCAAUGUCCUCCGCCAUGUGGAUUUGACCCCGACUCACCACUUGGUCGGGCAGCAAAACUGGUGCCAGUCCAACAAGAUCUUUAUACGGCCUUCACACAAUACCUAUCCAACGAUUCACUUUCUUAUGAGCAAUGCGCUCUAUCGCCCCUUCUUCCAACUGUAUUUUUAUUCCUUCACCAUUCUAUGUUGUGGCAGGAAUUGCUGGCACGUCUUCGGGUGACCAUUGAACGACUGUGCUUUGCCACUCUGCAUCGCAACCCGAGUCUUCAUAUAGGAAACAGACUUCACGAAAUGCGCGAGCAUAUCUCAUAUGCACAACAAUCCAUUGGGAGCACUAUCAGAGUUCUCAAUUCAAUACGUCAGCGGACCUUACUUGAGGAGCACAAAUGCACUUUCCAUUGUCUCCUCCUCGCAAAUGAGGACAUGGCGAGAGAGCUUGAAUCUCUUCGCGUCUUGAUUAUGGAAUCUUUCACUGUGCUGAUGAGUACUUUAUCUAUCAAAGACUCACAAUUGGCUGUUGUCAAUAGCAAGCUAGGCAUCCGUCAAAACCAGAACGCCUUGCAACAGGGAUCUUCCGUCAAGUUAUUAACACAACUCGCGUUUGCGUAUUUACCCGCAACCCUGGCUUGUAGUGUAUUUUCCAUGGAUAUACAAGAGCUCAAUAACAACGGUCAGAAAAUUUGGGAGUUUUUUAUUGUCUUGAUCGCUCUAGGAUGCCUUUCUGGUGGAUUAAUUUGGGCGGGGAAAAAUGGCGACAAAAUCCGAUUGAGGAUCAACAAGAAAGCUGGUAAUGAAGAAAUCAAUCAUUCAGUGGAAACCAUACCUGAGCACAUGGAUGUGGGGCCGGCUCAGCAACUUCCACACGAAGUCCGUGCAAGUGCAGUCUUUUCAGCGAUGAAAGGGGCUGCCUUUGUGACUUGA